AUGAAUAACGCUACCGUCACCGGCGACAGCGGCCUGGCCGAGAAGCUCGGCGUCCUCGAGUUGGGCUGGAGCUGGGUACAGUUCCACCCCUGGACAACCCUCCUGGUGCUGCUCAUCACCAACCUCACCUGGACGAGGUACCGCACAGGGCUGCGCCACAUCCCCGGCCCCUUCGUAGCCAGCUUCUCCAGCUUCUGGAAACUGCGGGCGACAUGGAACCAGAACAUGCACCGUGAGAACGUGCGGGUGCACGAGGACUAUGGCCCCAUCGUGCGCAUCGGGCCCAAUCAUGUCUCGCUGUCGGACCCGGAGAGCAUGCAGACCAUCUACGGCAUCAAGAAUGUGUAUCGCAAGAGUGCUUUCUUCCCCCUGGCGGAGGCUGUCUACAAGGGCAAGUUCCUGCCAACACUGUUCACCACGCAGAGCAAUGAGUACCAUGCCAAGCUGAAGCGCGGUUCGGCCCGUGCCUUCUCCAUGGACGUCGUGGUCGGCCUUGAGGAGUACUGCAACAAGUGCAUCAAGACGUUGGUGCAGCGGCUGCGCGACGUCUCGGACGGCGGCAAGAACCCCGUCAACCCCGUCGCAUGGAUGCAGUACUUUGCCUUUGACGUCCUCGGCGAGAUCAACUUCUCCAAGGAUCUCGGCUUCCUCGAGGCGGGCGCCGACAAGGACAACAUCAUCGCCGCCAUUGGCGGUAUCCUGGGCUAUGUUUCUUUCAUCGGCCAAAUCCCCUACAUGCACAAGUUCCUCCUGGGCAGCCCCCUUCUAGCCAAGAUCCCUGCCUUUGAGAAGUCCAACCAAGUCCUGGCGUUCUCCCUUCAGCAAAUCGAGGACCGGCAGCGCAACCCGGUGCCCCGCAAGGACAUCCUCAACCAGCUGCUCGACGUGCACAACAACGACCCGGAGGCGCUCUCCCUCGCCGAGGUCAUCGCCAUCACCACGACCAACGUCAUCGCGGGCUCCGACACCACGGCCGUCACCCUGGCCUCGGUCAUCUACUACCUGAGCAAGUACCCGGAGGCGCGGCAGAAGCUGCUCGACGAGAUGGAGCACGCGCAGACGCACGGGCUGGCCUCCAACCCCAUCACCUACGCCGAGGCCAUCAAGCUGCCGUACCUGUCGGCCGUGAUCAACGAGGCGAUGCGCAUCCACCCGGCGACGGGCUUCAUCCUGGAGCGGCUGGUGCCCAAGGGCGGCGCGACGCUGCACGGCGUGUACCUGCCCGAGAACACGGUGGUGGGCGUCAACUCGUGGGUGCUGCACCGCAAUAAGGACGUCUUUGGCGAGGACGUGCACUCGUUCCGCCCCGAGCGGUGGAUCGACGGCGACGAGAACAGGAUCAAGGAGAUGAAGCGGAACUUGCUGACUUUCGGCGCCGGUCCCCGCGGUUGCAUUGGCAAAAACAUCUCCAUUCUGGAGAUGUGGAAGGUCGUCUUCGAGCUGUACCGCAACUUCGACAUCAGCUUGGCUAGCGACAAGGAGUGGACCGUGAAUGGUACCUGGUUCACCGCACAGAGCGACGUAGCGGCGAUCUUCAAGCCGAAGAACAUCUAA